AAGGCAGAGGGCCCCUCGCAACUUCAUCGUCUUGUUAACGCGCGUAUUUGUGCCUCUCGAACUUAACGUCGUCGCCAGGUUGGCAGCUCCCGAAAAUUCCGGACGGGGGGAUAAAUCGGGCACGUCAUAUGCGUCGGAGUGACGCUAAACCCACGCGUGGAAGCCAGGCAAGGACCCAAGGACCGUUUCGCUUCUUCGUGUUUAGCUUUCUCUUCCCCCCCUAAAGAAAAAAAAAGACUGGCAUGUUCACGUGACGUCUACGUCACGUGCGGUGUUGCAGCAGAGCAGUCCAGCCAGCCACCAGCAGCCAGCAGUUCGCCAUUGUGAGCCGAAGCAUUGAGUACCACUCGGCAAGCGCUGGUAACCGCGCGGGUCCGCAGGCGGUUUUUCUAUCGCAGCUUCCUGCCGUGAGGUAAGACAAGAAGAUGUCUUCUCCAAGCGCUGGGAAGAGGCGUAUGGAUACCGACGUCAUUAAACUCAUUGAAAGCAAGCACGAAGUCACCAUUCUCGGAGGGCUGAAUGAAUUCUGCGUCAAGUUCUACGGCCCUAAAGCAACACCUUAUGAGGGAGGUGUCUGGAAAGUCAGGGUUGACCUACCAGAGAAGUACCCUUUCAAGUCGCCAUCAAUAGGCUUCAUGAACAAGAUUUAUCACCCAAACAUCGAUGAAGUGUCUGGCACUGUGUGCCUGGACGUCAUCAACCAAGCCUGGACGGCACUUUAUGACCUGUCCAACAUCUUCGAGUCGUUCCUGCCGCAGCUGUUGACCUAUCCCAACCCCAUCGACCCUCUGAAUGGUGAUGCAGCAGCCAUGUACCUGCACAAACCAGAGGAGUACAAGAAGAAAGUACAAGAGUACGUCAAGAGGUUUGCCACGGAGGAGGCGUUGCGGGAGCAGGACAAUGAGUCGUCGAGCAGCGAGAGUUCCAUGAGUGAUUUCUCGGAUGACGAGACCAAAGACAUGGAGCUCGUUCCGCCAUUCGCAUGUGCCGGCGCGCGAGUAUCUCGGGGACCAUGGAGCGGCAUGACCGGUUCCUUGCAAUACCUCCAGAUGGCGCUUGCAGCCCACGCAAGCAGAGUUUCUACCAGAAAGCCGCCUUCGUGCCUAGCGUUCGCAGCCAGAGUUUCCCGGUAAACAUCACGUUUACAUAUGCUCCAGUUGCCAGGAAGCGUGACAGGCAGUCGGGGAUCUUUGAACACUAUCGCAGUCUGUUCUUAAAGGUGAAGCUUAAGCGUCCUCCAUCUUUUUUUUUCUUUGGUGUGAAAUGGCAUUUGGGCUUUGUGGUAAUAUGCACUUUUGUUUGCUGUUAUUCUUGGCUCAGCUAAUUUCUUAACACAGGCCAAUAGAUGCAGUACAGCAAAGGAUAACAUAGUGUGAUGAGAUUACAAAUAUCACAGGUAUAGGAUGGAGUCAGGUGACACAAGGCAGGCAUAAUAUCGCACUAUGCAAACCCUAUGUCCAUGUUCGAUGUGAAAUUUUCCUACGCAUCUUAACUGCACAGAACGCUGAUGUAUGUUGUGGCAGCUUUGAGAGGGACGAAUUAGUUGGAACUAGCACUAGCAUUUCCUGCCAAGUUUUUUUUGAAAGCAGCAGUGAAUGCCAGAAUUGAAUACCAGAAAGACAGAGCAAUUUGCCUGAAAUCUCAGCAUCAGGCUUUCAUUAAACAAUUAUCUGACAUAUUGCACGGGCAAACUGGAUCAUUAUACUCCAAAAAUCAAAACGAGCGCAAAUACAAAGUGAACAAGACACACAACAGCAGUGGUGUUUUCAACAGUGCCUUUUUCUGUCCAGUCCAUUUUAUUUGUUCCCUUAAUUUCUUAAGUGCUUCACUAGAUUUUUGGAUGAUUUAGAUUAAUUCCUAUGUCUACAUAAGGUCACAUUCAACUCUUUCAAGCAUUAUUGUUAUCCUACAUACAUUUACUCUUUCCCUUGCAUUAGUUUUUCUGCAUUCUCAAGUCCGAGCUAUUUUCAAUCUUAUUGCUUUUUAUUCAAGGCAGUAUUAACAUUGUAGCUGAGCCACGAUGCCUUGUUGGUAAGAACAAUUUUCACUAGCUUAACAACCAUGGAGCCUCCCGUGCAUUUGACUGUAAAACUGCCGAGGAAGAUGCUGAAAAAAGAAUGUUGUUUAGAGAAACAUAACGGCAUGGAGAAGUUACAAUGGCAGUUGUCCGUCGGAGAGAACCUAAAACUGUUUUGCUCAGCUCUUCAGGGAGCUAUGUGGUUACAUAUGUUGAACACCUUGACUCAUUUCAGUUCGCAUAAAAAUAUUAUUCUUUUUA